UCCCGUGAUGCGUCCCCGGCCAUCUCCUCCGGCCGAUGCCGGCAUCCGGGUUCUGUGUUCUGGUCCCUGCGAGCGUCAGCACGUACAGGGCCGGAACAGUGGCAAAUUUAAACAUUUUUGGAAACUGUCAUUUUCUUAGAAAUGAUGUAUCAAACCAUUUCACAUACAUUUUGUCCCUAGUGCUUUGUCCUGUGCCCUGCCUGCAUUUUUACUGUUCUUUCUGCCUGGAAACCGAGAAAUGUCCAUGGCGUCCAAAAAGCGUCCCUUUAGGUCAAAAGCGGUUUUAGACCAGCUAGAGAACAGCGAUAGUAAAUCAGAACCACUUGCAGAAUAGA